UUCUCAUUACAUUAUAUACAUUCACACACUGCAACCAUAUCUCUCUCUCUCUCUCUCUCUGAGUUAUUGACAAGAAAACCUCAUUCAUGGUUGCGUGAAACAUAAGUUUGGAAUAAUAGUCUUUGUGUUCUCUGUUCUGUAAUUAUUACUAACUCAUCACUUUCAUAUAGUCAACAUUUUUUCUCGAAAUGGGGAAGAGAUUGGACAAUACUAGUAGUAACAACAAGGAAACAACCAAGGUGGAAGCUGUUCUAGAACUCAUCAGAAAACAAACUCCGCUCACUGUCAAACAGGAAAAGUUCUGUAACUAUGCUUGUGUGAAACGGUUUCUGAAAAUGAAAGGAGAUAAUGUGAAAAAAGCUGGUAAACAACUCAGAGCUUGUCUUUCAUGGAGAGAUACUAUUGUUACUGAUCAAUUGAUAGCAGAUGAUUUCUCAGCUGAGUUAGCUGAAGGGUUGGCUUAUGUGGCUGGUUAUGACGAUGAAUCUAGACCUGUUUUGAUUUUCCGCAUGAAACAAGACUAUCAAAAGUUGCAUUCUCAGAAACUGUUCUUCACUCGUUUACUGGCAUUCACAAUGGAAGUUGCCAUUUCAAGCAUGCCUAAAAACAUAGAACAGUUUGUCAUGCUUUUCGAUGCAAGCUUUUAUAGAUCGGCAUCUGGUUUUAUGAACUUGUUGUUGGGAUCACUGAAAAUUGUGGGCGAAUACUAUCCGGGACGCCUAUGCAAAGCGUUUGUGAUAGACCCUCCAUCCCUUUUUGCAUACUUGUGGAAGGGUGUUCGUCCAUUUGUUGAGUUGUCAACGUGUACGACGAUAGUAUCAUCGUUGGAUUUCGAAGAAUCAAUGGACUACAACGAUUUCUCAGCCUACCCGCGAGCCUCGUCCCUCCGAUUCGAUCCAUCGGUUAUGAAAUCAACGGACAAGAUCGGUUCCUGCUCGUCUUCACGCUUCUCCUUCACAGUUUCCCAUCAGCUUGACUCACUGAAGCCAUGGUACCUAAGCUUAGGCGACACGUCAGCAUCCAAAGUGGGACCCACUAGUCCCUCUCCAGCAUCACUCAUCUCACCGCUCAACGCUCGCUCGUUCUCGUUCGCCUCUCCAGUCGCACGAAACCCGCUGGGCCCACCAGCCAGCAGGAAAGGUCUAUUUCCUUCAACUCCACUGCCGCAGCGCGUCACGGUUCCUCACCGGACCACCACUUCUUUCCUCCAAUCUCCGGCGACGUUUUUCCGGCGAGACAACGGAAAGGUGGAGAGAGGUAGAGAAUCGUUUUUCCCGUACGUGAAAUUCUACAGAAGACCGUACGAUGAAAUGGUUUAUAGGUCAAAGAUGAGGCCACCACUCGGUGGCUUAGUUUCCAUUGUUUCACCUCAUGUUAGACGGCGUCAAACCCACCUCUCCGUUUCUCAGCGUUUCUAAUAAAAAAUAUAACAACACCGCCACCACACCGCAAUCAUCGCCACCGCGAAAAACCAAACAUUAUUACUUUUUUUUCCUUGUUUUCUUCUUUCCCAGUACAUAUAUUAUUAUUAUUAUUAUAAUUGAAUGUAUUAACUAAGAUAUGAAUCGGUUCAAUUGUUUACUCAUUCUCAAAUAUUGCAAUUUUCAAGUAGCCUCGUGUGUUUGUG